GCUGACGUCACCGCUGCCAGCACACCAGGAAGUAAGGUUGAAAUUUCGCUACACAAAUUUGAGAGCGAGAGAGCUUGGACACGCCGAAUAGUUUGUGUUUUUUAUUUUUAUUUUACGUUAUUUAUUUUUUCCCCCCUUCCGUAUUUAAUUAUUCUCCACGUUUCCGAGGAAGGACUCAUUCCGAAAGAUGGAUCCGACGCUUGCUGAAAUGGGGAGCCACCUCUCUGAUGCCAUGAAGAUUUUGGAGAGUGGCCAGCUAGAGACGGCGCAGGACACAGAGAGACGGCAGCUCAGCUGGAGAGACAUUCCAGGACCUUUACAGGGAGACGGACAGAACUUCGUGACGAUACUGCAGUUCAUUCAGAACCUCAUGCAUGAUGACGAGGACAAGCAGGGACACCGCAGGAUGCAGUGUGUUGGAGAGCAGGGUCACAUGGCCUUACUGGGUCACAGCCUGGCUGCUUACAUCUCCAUUUUGGAUAAAGAACGUGUGAGAAAACUGACUACACGCAUCCUCUCAGACACCACGCUCUGGCUCUGCAGACUCUUCCGGUAUGAGAACGGCUCGGCGUAUUACCACGAGGACGAGCGAGACGGGCUGCUGAAGGUGUGUCGGCUGGUCAUUCACACGCACUAUGACGAUUACGCUGCAGAGGGAUACAGUGUGUUCAGCGUCAGAGCACCGGUCAUUUACCUGAGCGCAGCCUGCAGGCCAGGGCUGGGAGAACACCUGUGCAGCCAGUUGGGUCUGCCUCUGUCCAGCGUCUGCACCGUGCCGUGCAACACCAUGUUCGGCUCUCAGCACCAAAUGGACGUGGCCUUGCUGGACAAGCUCAUCAAAGAGGACAUCGAGGCUGGGAAACUUCCUCUGCUUUUAGUAGCAAACGCUGGAACUCCCGGCGCGGGUCAUACAGACAAACUGAGUCGUCUGAAAGAGUUGUGUGUUCAGUACGGCGUGUGGCUCCACGCGGAGGGUGUCAAUCUGGCAACCCUGGUGCUUGGGACCGUCUCCUCUGCAGUCACGGCAGCCACUAAGAGUGACAGUAUGACGUUGACUCCUGGCCCAUGGCUCGGACUCCCGGCUGUUCCUGCCGCGACUCUUUACAGACACGAGGAUCCUGCGCUGUCUUUAGCAGCAGGUCUCACUUCCAGCCAUCCAGUGGAGAAACUUCGGGCUCUUCCUCUCUGGCUUUCGUUGCAGUAUCUUGGACACGAUGGGAUCGUAGAGAAGAUCCAGCACGCCUCUCAGCUUAGUCAGCAGCUCCUGGCGCAGCUGAAGACUUUGUCCUCCAUAAAGACGUCGGAUGUCCUUGACAGUGAGAUCUCUCUCCUGGAGGCUUUGAGUAUGGUCGAGGAUGACCUCAGUUCUCCAGUGGUCGUGUUCAGGUUCUCUCAAGAUACAAGUUCAGCGUCGAGCGGAGGGUCAGCAGAGGGGUACUGUGGAGGAGACAGAGAUGUACAGGAUGCGCUAAACAGAUGGCUCGGCGAGCAGUUAGCGCUGCUGGUCCCUGAGAGUGGCGUUGAUGUGGUCGAGCUGGAGGAUGAAGGCGUGUGUGUUCGCUUUAACCCUCUAAUGACUGCUGCAGCUUUGGGCACACAGCAGGCGGACGUAGCAGCUUUGGCGGAGAAGUUAGCGGAGACGAUCCCCAUGUUGAGCUCCACGCUGCGUUUGAGGCACGAUUUCCGAGAGGAAGUUCUCCAAUACGCCGCGCUGACGUACAUCGAGGAUUUGAGCUGGGCCGGACUCGGAGCUGUGAGGUACGAGCCGAAGACGACGGACAUCGACGGAGCGAAGAGACGGCUGGAAGUGGAGAAGGUCAACGCUGAGCUGCUGAAGAAACUGAAGGACAUGGACACCGAGCUGGAAUUCUCAACAGGGCCUGAAUUCGGUGAAGAGAAGGACUGUGUAUUCAUCGGGAUGGCGUCAGAAGACCUGGACGUUUCGGUGUUGGUCGAAACCAUCGCGUCUACGGGGAGAGAGAUCGAGGAGAGCGGGAAGUUGUUAGAGAACAUGACCGAGGUGGUGAGGAAGGGAAUCCUGGAGGCCGAGCUGCAGCUUCAGAGAUCUGCUGAGGAGAAACUCUUGGAGGAGGGGGUGCUGCGGCAGAUUCCUCUGGUCGGCUCCAUGCUCAACUGGCUCUCUCCGAUUCAGAGCUCGGUGAAAGGCAGAACGUUCGAUCUGACAGCAGGUUGCCUGGACAGCACUGAGCCGAUUUACUCCAUGAAGACUCAGACAAGUAAAGAGGCUUCACCCGAAACACCCACGUCUACACCCAAACGGCUUGCAGGACAAAAGCUGUUCCGACGCUCCACCGCCGGUUCGGAGUCGUGCAGCGAGACCAGCUCCGUCUGCCACCUCGACGAGUCUCUAAAGGAGGCGGAAGUUCCUCAACCUCUCGCGGGCGUGUCGGAGACGCCUCUGGAGCUCACGCAGGAAGUAGAAGUGUCAGAUCAGCGCGUUCCCGAGGGCGAGGAGGAGUCCGACUCGAUCAGAUAGAACUAUCCGAUCCAUCAGCGACGCCAAAUCGGCUGUACACUGUGAAGUGCGCAACCUCGAUGCCUUGACCAAGUCAGAUUAGGGCUGCGUUCCGAUACUGUUAGUAACACUCGCUCGUCCACUUUCCCCUGUUACUCUACCCUGCCACUAUCUUAAGGAGUUCGGUUCCUUUCGUUAUCUGUAACGAAGUGGGUUAAAACGACAGACGUCAAGUUACCCAGAAAGCAUCGUGGGACCUGGCGUGAUGUAGCUUCCUUUCAAAAUGGAGGAUGAAGCGUAAACAGGAGCAAUAAAAUACCUAACGGCAGUAGUUUCAGGUGCAUCGGAGUCAUGGCGGUUAUCUGAAAGGAAUCCGUCCCCGUACACACUCCUCCCCUUGUGCACUCUCGUAUGACUGGGAAGUCGACGAGUGUGUGUUAGAAUAGUAUUGGAACGCAGGACAGGAAGUGAAGGUUUGUUAUAGAAGUACCAACAGAAAAUUUCAUCAGUGCACAUCGUAUCACACCCUUUACUCUCCGUCCUAUUAAUAACCGUCCGUUUCUGUGAUUCGAUGAAUAAUCACCGUUCUGGUUGUGUGAUGCGCACUGCCACGUAGCGUUCUUUUUUUUUUUUUACUUUUUUUUUCUCCGUUAGAGAUUUCAUUUAUAUUAUACAUUUUAUUUUAUUACACGUUUUGUUCACUGUAGAUGGUGGGUUGACUUUCUAUAUAAUUUUUCAGCUACACUUUUAUUUUAUUUUUAUUUUUUUUUUAAAUUUGUGUCACUGGAAGGAGUAGUUCUGCCAAAAGUGAGCUGUACUCAGUGUCCCUCGUACCCCAGACCCCCCCGGCUCUUUGGUCGAUCAGAUAACACGUGUUUCGUGUCUGUUUAAUGUUUCGGGUCUGUAGUGGACCUACGAGGAUGAAGUGUGCUAAAAAAAAAUUUGAAGGCGUGGCCUAAAGUUUCGCCCUACGUAAUCUAAGGCAAAUAAUAAAUAUAUACAAAAGCCACGUUGUGAUUAAUCACUGAUUUGGUGACGUUUUCCGUAAGGAAACAUUUACGCAAGGAGUCUCUAGCGUCAGCGCUUUAUAACGGUCAGUAAGUUUUCCACCACAGGAAAGUCUUCAGGACAGAGGAGGUUACAAUUUCGGUAACAGGACAAGUUGCAUGUUGUUGUUGUUGUUGUUGUUGUUUUUUCUUUAUGUCUUACUAACUUCGAGAGAGGAAAAAAGAGAGGCUGGUGAGGGAAUAUAACGUUUAUAGCUGCUAUAACGUAAGUGAGAACAGGAACUAAUUCCACAACAUUAAAUGCAACUAUAAACGGUUUUAAUAAAAUAUGAUUUGUAAUCAUAAAUUAUACCAAAUUGCUGUGGUGUAAGACAAAUAAAACACUUUGACUAGAUUUGGGGUAUUCAGGACAUUUUGUACAUUUCAUUUUUCUCUGAACUACUGCUUUAAAGGCUGGUGUGGUGUUUCUUUGCCAAAAGAAAUGAAAAACCAGGCAGGGGGCUUGCUUUUUUUUUUUUUUUUUUUGUGUGUGUGUGUAGCCUGAGACUCACGAUUACUAAAAACGAAGUUGAAUAUAAUACUAUUAAUAAUUAGCUUAAAGCCUUAUUGCACUUUUUUUGUACAGAUUGCCGUAAUUUAAUCAGAAUAAUCUUUAUUUAUUCUACCGAUUGAUAUCUGGGAAGACUUUUCAAAGUGCAAAUCAAACGUUCUUUUGCUCUCACUGUAACAUACCAACUAGCGGGUGGGGUUUUUUAAAAAUAAUUAUUACUAAAAUGGGAAAUUUAACAUGUUAAUGUUUACUGUAAAAUGGCCCAACUGUUGUCAUGUUCUGUACACUGGCGAAUUUUUUUUUUUUGUGUGCCGUCACCAUAAAGCCACUGAUGAAGUUGUUCCUUUUUGUCAGCUAAUAACGUCUAAUCCGUAUUUUCACGCUUACUAGUAAGAGCAUCUAAAAAUCGUAUGAAGUAUGAACAAAUGAAUCUCCUUUCACAAAUGGAUAACUGAUCAAAUCUAGAUGACACCUGUCGAUUUUCCACAUUUAUUUGUUGACGAUUAAUGUAAAUGAAUGCAGUGAUUUCUUGAAGGCUGAUGUAAAUUAAGACUGGGUGAUCUUUAAAAGCAGCUACACUGUCUUAAUUUGGUGCAAUAAAUAUACUGGUAUAUUUUUGUUUGUUUUUGUUUUUUGUUCCUUUCUUUCUUGUGGCAGAACAAAUUGAGUGAUACGAGCAGAUUAGAUUAGUUUUUAUAAUCACAUAAGCUUUUUCAAAAAGCAAGUCUGUAAAUUAUAAUAAAGAUUAUGAUGCCAAGCAAAA